AUCGAGAGACAGUGUGAUCGUUUGGAUUUCUUCUUGUAAUAAACUCAUUAAUGUUUUCCAAAAUGUUGAAGAUAAAUGAUACAGGUCAAAUGCUUCCACGAAGAAGAAUUAAUCGCGUGCUUAACCGGGCGAUCCUAGCCAGCCCAUUUUUCCUGUUUCCAUUGUUUCUUCUUACCUUUCCAGAACAAAUGGACACCGACGUAACAUAUACUUACAGAAGUAGAGCUUGGAGGAAUGAAGCGGCUACUAGUGGUGCAACUGUCAGAACGAUCCCCAUAAUCUAUGCCAUUACUGCUACUUACAGUAGGCCCACUCAGAUUCCAGAGAUGACUAGACUAGCUCAGACUUUAAUGCAUGUCUCAAACUUCCUCUGGAUAGUAGUUGAACAAGGGACUGAAAGAUCUCGGAGUCUAAACAAUUUACUUCGAACGUCUGGUAUAUCUUUUGUUCAUCUCACAGCGCAGGAGAACCCCAUAGCUCUACAAGACUGCUAUCCUAAGAAACCAUUUGGAAGUGUUCACUCACGCUACGCAGCGUUAGAGUGGAUUCGACAACAUGCUGAACCGGACGGGGUUGUUUAUAUGCUGGAUGAUGAUAACUGUUACGACCUGAGGCUAUUUGAAGAGAUGCGAUUCACAAAGAAAGUAUCUAUGUGGCCUGUUGGUUUGGUAGGAAAAUACGGCAUUUCAAGCCCUGUUAUCAAGAAUGGCAAACUUAUAGGUUUCCACGACUUUCGUAUGAAAUAUCGGAGAUUUCCUGUUGAUUACGCGUCUUUCGCUGUAUCGGUCAGAUUGAUUCGUGAAAAGCAAUACAUUAACUUAGGUUGUCAGAAAGGAUCGAAUGAGGAUUCUUAUCUUAACAGCUUGGAUUUAUCACUGGACGACUUGGAACCAAGAGCUGAUAACUGUACUAAGGUUCUCGUGUGGCACACGAAAACACAGAAAGCACCCCCGGUUCAGAAGAAGAAUUUAUUAAGAGCAAAGGGAAUUCGGAAACGUAUCCGAGCAGUUGGACAAACCAACUUACCACGCUUAUAUGAAAAUCUUUUAAAAAGUGAUAGUUGA